CUUGACUUCUUUGUUAUGUUCAGCUCCCUCUCUGGUGGUAUUGGACAGCCUGGCCAGAUUAACUACGCGGGCGCCAAUACCUUCAUGGACGCCUUUGCGCAAUACCGCUCGAACCUGGGGCUUCCGGCCUGUGCCAUCCAGAUAGGUGCAGUCGAAGAAGUGGGAUACGUGGCGGAGAAUGGGGGAGUCAUGCAACAGUUUACGCAUACUGUGCGGUUUCCGAGCAGGAGCUUCUUGAGGCCGGUGACUUCGACAUCGAGGAACUUCUAUCUUGGAGUUCGCUCCAACAUGUGCUUAAGUACCCCGGGUGAGCGUUCUCUGUGGAAGGGCGAUAUCCGAAUGGCAGCCUACCAUAGGAAUGAAGAUGCCAAUCCCAAAGUAAAUGCAUCCUCCAGCAAUGAUCUACAGUCCUUCAUCACUAAGGCGAAGGGCGACGCUACUUUGCUGGGUCAGUCUGAGUCUGCUCAGUUCCUCGCUCAAGAGAUCGGCAGGAAGGUAUGUGAUUUCCUGUUGAAACCAGAGGAAGAGUUGCAGACAUCGUCCUCUCUGUCGGAUUUGGGAUUGGAUUCCCUUGUUGCUAUUGAGUUGAGACAGUGGUGGAAGUUGGUUUUCGGGUUUGAUAUUAGUGUGCUCGAAAUGAUGGGGAUGGCGAGUCUAAAGGCUCUUGGAGCGCACGCUGCCAAAGGCAUGCUGCGCUUGUUUCAUGGUGUUGAGGAAUGA